UUUUUGAUAUUGCAUUUUCUUGAUCUAGUUUAUUCAGUUUCUUGCUUGAUUGUAUGUAAUUUUGUUGCUUUUAAUUUUAUUAAUCUGCAUCCCUGUUUCCAUCUAGGUUAAUGGGAUAAGAUUCUUAAAUUUGUGAGUUGGUCUGCAUGUAAUUAUGGAACACAACGAGAAUUGGGGCGGUUUUCUGUAAUUAAUUCAAGAGUUCGUUAGAGUGUUACAAAAUUUAAUCUUUUUUCCUUUUGCUGGAAAAGGUGGGGGCUGUUUAAACAUUCCAAAAUCAGAACCUGUUUAUUGUUUGCGGUUUUCAAGAAAUUCUGAGGUAUGGGUAGAAGAACUGUGAUGUAAUAUGAUUAGAUAUGUAAGUUCGUCUUGCUGGUUUGCCACUGGAUUGUAAUGAGUCAUCUUGUUAGUUCAUCUUGAAAUUGAGAGAGUCAAAAUCUUUCACUACCUCUUGUGGCAAGAAGCUGGAGUAUUGAUUGUUAGGAGGGAAAACUAACUCAGGGACUCGCGUGGUUAAGUCAUGGGAAAUCGAUAUGGCUUGUUUUGCCGCUCAUUCCUUUGUUUCUCAUCUUUGUGCUAGACAGAAAUAUUUAUAUCUAUGUUUGGAAGUAGAAAUAUACAUACUUGGUGUGCAUUGCAUUUGGUCACUUUUUACUCCUAGUUAUAUAUAUGUGGCAGUUCAAAUUCAAAGAUUGAGGUUCUGCAAGUUAUACUGGUUUUCCAGUUGAUUUCUUGAUCAUUAUAACAACCACAUAUGCGGAGCAUAAUUCUGCAUGUGCUUCAUCUUCUUUCUCUUCUACUUGUGCUUGAUUGAUAUGGUGUUAGACUAGCUCAUUUCCUUCACUAAUUUGGUAAAGUUACAUUUCAAUCAUGUCUGGUGGUGUUCAUACACACCAUUGUCAACUAUUUAUUUUUGUCCAGGAUUUUUCAAAUGACAGAGCCUUCAAAAGUCAUUCAUGUCCGCAAUGUGGGGCAUGAGAUUUCUGAGAAUGACUUGCUUCAGCUGUUUCAACCAUUUGGAGUCAUCACCAAACUUGUAAUGCUUCGGGCAAAAAAUCAGGCACUUCUUCAAAUGCAAGAUGUUCCUUCAGCUGUAAAUGCUUUACAAUUCUACACUAAUGUUCAACCAAGUAUAAGGGGAAGAAAUGUUUAUGUCCAGUUUUCAUCACAUCAAGAACUAACAACCAUGGAUCAGAAUACUCAGGGACGAGGAGACGAGCCUAACCGAAUUCUCUUAGUUACAAUACAUCAAAUGCUAUACCCCAUUACUGUGGAAGUGCUGCAUCAAGUGUUUUCUCCCCAUGGAUUUGUAGAGAAGAUUGUCACCUUUCAGAAGUCGGCUGGCUUCCAGGCUUUGAUUCAGUAUCAAUUACAGCAAAGUGCUGUUUCUGCAAGAAAUGCCCUUCAGGGUCGAAAUAUAUAUGAUGGUUGCUGUCAGCUAGACAUUCAAUUCUCUAACCUGGAUGAGUUACAAGUAAACUACAAUAAUGAACGAUCUAGGGAUUUCACAAACCCUUCACUGCCUUCGGAACAGAAGGGUAGAUCCUCUCAUCCUGGAUAUGGUGACGUAGGAGUUGGAUAUCCACAGAUGGCCAGUGCUGCUGCAAUUGCGGCUGCCUUUGGAGGUGGUUUACCUCCUGGAAUUAGUGGGACGAAUGAUAGGUGCACUGUUCUUGUUUCUAAUUUGAAUCCAGAAAGCAUUGAUGAGGACAAGCUGUUUAACCUGUUCUCCAUUUAUGGAAAUAUUGUGAGAAUCAAACUUCUGCGGAAUAAACCUGAUCAUGCUCUUGUACAGAUGGGGGAUGGUUUUCAGGCUGAAUUGGCUGUGCACUUUUUGAAGGGAGCUAAGCUUUUUGGGAAGCGCUUGGAGGUUAAUUUUUCAAAGCAUCCAAACAUCACAACUGGUGCUGAUACGCACGAGUAUUCUAAUUCAAACCUUAACCGGUUUAACCGAAAUGCUGCAAAAAAUUACCGGUACUGUUGCUCCCCAACAAAGAUGAUACACCUGUCCACCCUCCCUCAGGAGGUAACUGAGGAGGAAAUCGUGGCCCACUUGGAGGAGCACGGAACUAUAGUUAAUUCUAAGCUCUUCGAAAUGAAUGGAAAGAAGCAAGCUCUUGUGCUAUUUGAAAAUGAGGAACAAGCCACUGAAGCCCUCGUGUGCAAGCAUGCAACAUCUCUUGGUGGUUCAACCAUUCGGAUUUCAUUUUCUCAGUUACAGAGCAUAUGAGUAUUUGCUGGCUUGCAUCCACAAGAAAUGGGGUUGUGGAGUGAAAAUCAAUCUUCCAGUAACUGAUUUGAACAGUCGUCCUGUAACUUUAGUUUGAUUUACUGAAUACUUUGAUUUUUUUUUUCUUACCUAUAAAUGCUUGUACCAUCACUGUCAUUUUCUUUUAUUAACAAAGGUUGGGAACUUCGGAGUGUUACGAGUUUUGUAGGAAUAGAAGAGCGGAGGCCUCCUUUGUUUUCUGAGAGAGAGGUUCUUUGCUGCCUUGUAAAUAUCCUGAAGGUUAAUGUGGGCAUUAUGCUAUGUUGCUAUGUUCUCUUUUUUUUCCACAAA